GGGCGGUGCACACGGAAGAGCCAUGCCGUCCACCACAAAAACGUACAACCAAUGCAUAUCGAAGCGAGGACAUGCUAUCAAGCUGUCUGCCUACGCCACAUGCCUGGGAAGCAGUUUGUUGGUGGCCUCACUUGGUUUCUGCCUUCGGCAUCGACUCGAAGUGCUCGCCAUCUUAUGGAACCAGACCAUGGACCAGGGACACCAGCGAUACUUGCUUGGACUGGCUGUCAUAGCCGUGGUGCUGGGUUUUAGCUGCGCCCUGGUCGCCGUUGUUGGUGUCACGAUUUCGCUGCUGGACAGGAGCACUCACAUGGCGUUGGACGUCAUUUUCGCAGUCCUAAUCCUGGCUGAAGUCGGAAUUGCUGCAGCAAGCUUCAUGCUCAUGACGUGGAUUCACACUGACGUUGCCCCUGAAAAAGAUGACUGCGAGGAAAGCCUGAGGAACGUUGUCAUCGUCACCGACAAACUGCUUCCAGCGAUUGGCAGCCUGUUCUUACUGUCUUCUGUGACCCAGGCUAUGAUCGUCCUGAUUAACCGUCUAGAACAGCAGCAAGACCAACUCAGUAACAGUCUUGAAGGAAGCAUCAAUCUUCAGAAGGACGAAAUGAUCCCAAUGGAAAAUGUUACCGGGUUCUCGAGUGUGGAUGAAAGUAAUUCCUUGAGUACUUAUCUCGACUGCUCAACGACGUCGCUUGAUCAGUCUCCGUCGAAAGCCAAACGGGUGUUCACCAUUUCGAGCGCGACGCAACAGAAGUCCCAUAUCGGAGCAGCCGCGUCAUCACUGGCAACCGCUCAUUCAACUUCUCAAAUUCCCACCACUGGAAGGCCACGAGACGCGUUCAACGAGGCCUCCGUGACUGCGACCAUCCAACAGGAAUUCUCGGGCCCAGGGCCAGGAUCUGUGCAUCCCGAGUUCAGCGGUUGCUACGACAACGAACAGUAUGCACCGAGUCACCAUAAUGACAGCUUCGUCGGCGAAUGUUUCAUUCCAUCAGCCCCACCAGCUCAGUAGAUAUAUCUGUUAACUUGCACACUUGACUCCUUUGGUGGUGUAAACCGGCGCAAAACGAACUCCGUGGCAUAAAAGCAAAUGUUGAAGAAAUUUUGCUCACGACGUUGUUGGCUCGUUUCUUUUUGUGAACGUUGAAAUAACUGACCGAUAUUGAAAUAAACACGUGCGGAAGACGGGUGGCUUACGUAAAAA